AUGGUUUUUCCAAAACCUCCUUCUGAAUCUGACCUCUUUCUUCAUUCCAAUUUUGCUUCUCGUUAUGCCACCGACUCUCUUCCCAGGUGGUGCAUGCCCGAGAACUCCAUGCCUAAGGAGGCUGCCUACCAGAACAUUCACGAUGAGUUGCAGCUUGAUGCCAUUCCAAAGCUUAACUUAGCUUCCUUUGUCACCACCUCCAUGGAAGAAGAGUGCAACAAACUUAUUAUGGAAUCGAUCAACAAAAACUAUGUCGACAUGGACGAGUAUCCUGCCACCACUGACCUUCACAAUCGGUGCGUGAACAUGAUAGCACGUUUGUUCCAUGCUGAAGUUGGAGAAAAUGAGAAUGCAAUUGGAGCAGGAACUGUUGGAUCAUCAGAGGCCAUAAUGCUGGCAGGGCUUGCAUUCAAGAAGAAGUGGCAGAACAAACGCAAGGCAGAGGGAAAGCCUUGUGAUAAGCCCAAUUUGGUCACUGGUUCCAAUGUCCAGGUAUGUUGGGAGAAGUUUGCAAGGUAUUUUGAGGUGGAGUUAAGGGAAGUGGAGGUGAGGGAAGGGUACUACGUGAUGGACCCUGCCAAAGCCGUUGAGCUGGUUGAUGAGAACACUAUUUGUGUGGCUGCAAUCUUGGGUUCAACUUACAACGGAGAGUUCGAAGAUGUGAAGCUCCUAAAUGAUCUACUUCUAGAGAAAAACAAGCAAACUGGAUGGGAUACACCUAUUCAUGUGGAUGCUGCUAGUGGUGGCUUUAUUGCUCCAUUCCUUUAUCCAGAACUAGAAUGGGAUUUCAGACUCCCAUUGGUGAAGAGCAUAAAUGUUAGUGGCCACAAGUAUGGUCUUGUUUAUGCUGGAAUUGGUUGGGUCAUAUGGAGGACCAAGGAUGACUUGCCAGAAGACCUUGUCUUCCAUAUUAAUUACCUUGGUGCUGACCAACCCACCUUCACCCUCAAUUUCUCUAAAGGUUCUAGUCAGAUAAUUGCUCAAUAUUAUCAGCUAAUUCGCCUCGGCCAAGAGGGGUACCGUAGCAUAAUGGAGAACUGCAGAGAAAACGCAAUGGUGGUGAAGAAACAUUUGGAGAAGAGUGGACGGUUCCACAUACUCUCAAAAGACAAUGGUGUUCCAGUGGUGGCAUUUUCCUUGAAAGACAGAAGCGAAUUCGAUGAGUACAAGAUAUCAGAGAUGUUGCGGCGCCACGGUUGGAUCGUGCCAGCAUAUCCAAUGCCACCUGCGGCUCAGCACAUCAAUGUGCUUCGUGUGGUCAUUAGAGCAGAGUUUUCACGUACCCUUGCUGAACGCCUUGUGUUUGACAUACACAACGUGUUGCAUGAACUCGAAAAAGAACAUCCCCACAAAGUGAUCAACAACAACAACAACAACAUUAAGGAAGAGAAGAAGGGGUUGGUUGAUAUUGGAGUGAAGAACACAAACACUGCAUUGGAUGCACACAGGGAAAUCAUUGCCCAAGAAUCCAACAAGCGUCACAAAAUCAUGGCUGCGUAGUCUCUAUGCUAAACUAAUUAAAUAAGGAGCCUUCACUAUCUGUUCUAACUCCACCGUCCAUCCAAUCUCCACCCUUGACUAUAUUUGCUUUAUUCUUUUCCCAAAAUUUUGCAUUCACCGUAGUCCAUUAUUAGUUUGUUUUUCUAUUGUUUGAUCUAUGUCAGUUCAGAUAUGUAAUUCACAACAAUCUAUUGUUUUUUCAAGUCUUCCAUCACAUUAAUUUUGUUCCCAAAGUUUGGUUGUUGUUGUUGUCACUAUUUAAUCAAUUUAUCGGUGUUACUCCAAAGUAGUACUCUCAUUCAUUUUUAUUUAAUUUUAAUAAAUAAAUAAU